AUGGUGCAGCUGGCAGCACUGUUGCCUCACAGCGAGAAGGUUGUGGGGUCCAGUACCAGACGUUUCCCAAAUACUGUUUGGACAGAUUAUGCAAUUCCUCUCGCUUUUCCCGACCUUCUGAGGAUCAAGGUGGAGAAAUUCCCAGAUCAGAGACUUUAUAACACCAGAAGAGGACAGAUCCCUACAGCGGAACAUGGACGCUACCAACAGAGGUUUUUUCCUGGCCUGUGUCCUCCUGGCUGGUGGUGGGACACACGACGUCCUCUGAAUCUGAGCAGCGCGACCAUGCUGGCGAUAUUUUAUAAUCUUUCCUAUAGCUGCAGAGAUAACCGAGUCUGGACACAAGUGUGUUUUAUGCUGCCGUGCAAAGCUGGCCGUCGUGUCAACAGUCCGAAGCAGUCUUUUCUGUUGUCAGGGAUUUCCCUGGGUAAGACUAGCUUCCUGCGUUCCAGGCGGAUGGUUGGCAGGACCCUGGCUCCUCACGUCCCCUGGCAGGCCAUGGUCUACCUGUCUGACAGCAUUCUGGGUGGCGGCUAUGCCAGCGCGCCUCUCUACUCCGAUCGCUGGGUGUUGACAGCCAGAAGAAAGAGUCGCCGGGAUAUUCAGGGACAAGAUCCUGUCAUCCCUAAAGUGUACUUAGGAAUCACAAGAAAGUUGGAAGCUGUCGCCUCCUAUGAAGUCCCCGUGGAGAAGGUUGUUCUCCAUCCUGGUUUCCAGAACUGAUUCGACUGGGACAACGACCAGGCUCGUCAGAUUUUAGAGCCUUUGGUUAUGAGCGAUAAGGUUACUCCGAUCCCACUGCCAGAGAGAGCCCUGGACCUGAAAGGUAAUGUGAGAGGGUCAGGAGUUCUCGCUGGAUGGGGCUCGGGAAUCCUCCUCACCCCCGCUACAUCACUCAGAUACCUUAUUCUCCCCCUGGCCAAUCUCUCUGACUGCAGAGCAGAAUAUGAACACGCUGCACACCACACACCGGCUGUAGAUGACAGCAUGCUCUGUGCUGAACCCACGAAGCAUCAGGAAAACGUUUGUUUUGGAGACGCCAGAGGAGCUGUGGCUGUCACGGAUCCUCAAACGGGGGAAGUUUACGCUGCAGGGAUCCUUUCGUGUGGCAAAUCCUGCUCUAAGUACAACCAUGGCGUUUACAUGAAGAUUUCCACUUAUUUGAACAUCUUUGCAUCAGAGUGGAGGCUGAGUGGCUCCAUCACCACCUUAAAGCAAGAGCUGAGGUCACAACAUCAGCAGAGUGGUCCUGCAGUCGGAGCCCAAACUCCUCAUAAAGGCUCAUAA